CCCUGGAUACUGUUAGGUUAGAUGUAAAAUUUAGUCUGCGUUAAACGUCGAAGCAUAUUGCCUUGGAGAUGAGCGUCAGAGCUGAAGCCAGUUGAGGCAAGAGCGAAGCCUCCCCUUAGUGAAAGGACAGUUGUGGUAAGGACGGGCAGCUGCUCUUGUCUUCGCUCUCAGUGACAGUUAAUGAGAUUACCGCUGUUGGCUUUAUCCUGCGUCGGGGCAAAGGGGUCAAUCACAGGAUUAGCAACUUGCUGAAGUUAGCCUCUUUCUUCGUUCAUCACUUUCUAAUAUUUUGUCAGCCUCCAAAGCGUCCUUGCAGGUUGACGGAUGACAUGAGUGUAGAGUAUUGAGCUGGAAUAUGGUGAUGCAUCGCUUCUGCUGUCCUGGACCUGAAGCCUGACUGGACUCUAAACCUGUGAAUGACACGUCUCGUGAGGGGAAAAGGAGCAUCCUGCACAGUGAAGGGCGGCCAGCCAGGACAGAAUUUUGUGCCUUGUUCUUGGCAAGUGAUCCUCAUGCCACUUGUAAGUAACAAAGUUGGAGAUGAUUGCACACAUGGCACAAAUACGGCUUCGGUUGAUGGCAAAGCUAUGGUGGAUACUUUAAAUAAGGUGGUGGCAUGCUAUCGACAUCUAGCUUCAUGUGUCGGCGGCUGCACUGACGGCUUGCAGCUGCGAGAUGAGUUAAGGCAAACCAGAGAGAGGGCCCGCGAGUUGGCCACGACCAUCUGUCAACAUCUCACCUUGCAUCUUCGUGACAAGAGCCUCCCUGUGGAGCAGCGCAAAGAGAUGGAGCUCCUUUGGGUGGCCUUAUCGUCCAGCCUGGAGCUCCUCCACAUUGACAUGUGCAAAGUUUACAACAUGGGAGCAGUCUUCACUCUUGCUGAGUCUCCUAGUUUAGUGCAAACUGGCAUGCAAGGAGGGAGCAGUGAAGUAGCUGCUCGAGCCCUCAGUCUCCCAGACCUGAACCGGGCUCUGAACUCCGAUCUCAUCGAUGGCUUUGAGAGCCAAGAGCACAAGACCAUGGAGCAGGAGAUCAACCAAAUUGACCACAUGAUUGAGGACAUGGAAACAAAGGUGAACGUGUUGCGCUGGAUGGUGGAGCCCAAUGGGCCGCUGAAUGCCGAACCACUUGGCAGCGCUGACAGCGCCUCCCUGGCCCUGCUCUCUGUGAACGACGAGCAGCUUGCCGGACGCCGGCCUGCAGGCCAGCGCGGUCUCAUUGUGGCACUCUUAUUGUUGUGUGUCAUCAUUUCGGUGGCAACCACUUUAUCCGUCUGUAUUUUCUUCUUCUCAUGAGUAAAAAUAACAUAUACACAUUUGACAUUUUUUUUGUCAAGACCCGUGAACCUCAAUAACAAAGGUGGAUAGUGUAGCCAAAAAUUCUACCAAAAAAAAAAAAUCUAUAUAUAUAUAUAUAUCUUGUUACUACCUACCUCUGACCAUGCACUGUAAAUGGAACUUUAGAGUAUCAGCCCAAUACGAAAUAAUGGAUUUUUUUUUUUUUGUAUAGGUAUAUCCACUGAAUGAAUACGGCAUCAGUGUAAAGCACAUUGGGGAUUCAACAUGCCAGAGGAUGUGCAUAGUCACAUUAUUAUUAUUAUUCACCUUUCUCACCAGUCCGUUUUUAGAAAUGGGUAAAAUCUCGGUAGUGUUACCCCCAAGUACAGUAAUUUGCUUAAAAUAUGUGACUUACUGCACCAUUCUAAACCUGGAAAAUGAUCUACCUCCCCAUCCUAUCUCUGGCUACUUAGAGCUGCAUAUGCAUCAAGUACCUGUUUGGCAAACUGGUAGGCAUGAAAUUGUGUUAAGGAAUAAAGGAGAUUAAACAUC